GAUGUCGGCACGGUGAUUGGCUAUUGAUGCCGUCCAAACAGGAGGGACCCGGGGAGCUUGGAGGUUUUGGGGAGGGGGAUUGUUGAGAAGCACAGCGCACCGAGCCUCACGACCACAAGCACCCCCCCCCCCCCCCCCCCUAACCCAAAAGUUUCGCGGAUCCACUUGGAGAAGUUGCGUGCUCCGAAGCCGGAAAGAUUCACAUUGCGCCGAACUUCUGGAUCCACGCGGAAGACUCCGUCCGUCCGUCCGUCGUGAGCGUUUCACUGACUUUCAGGGGGAAAGUUUGCCUUUAAAACGCGUUCGAAACCGAGAUUUGGCCAAGAAGAGAAAACCGGGACACCGGAUGCUCGGCCAUGUAGGCAACGAGAGCUGACCAAAAGAAAGACAAAAUGGAUGGUCGCGGUUUUGAAGACCUCCUAAAAAAGCCACUAGAGACCAGAGUCGGCCCUCACAUCUUCUUACCCUUCCACAAGCCCAUCGCCAUGGACAUGGCGCAUCAUGAAGAAUGCCACUCGUACCACUAUGAGCCCCACGCUGUCCAUGCCGUACACAGGCCCGUAGGUUUGCCAGGCAGCCCUGUCAUCUCUGACAUCUCUCUGAUCCGCCUCUCUCCUGCCUCCAUGGCGACCGGAUACUCCCCCUUCAACCCCCCACAUGUGUACGUCAAUCCUCACAUGGAGCACUACCUGCGCCCCGUGCACGGGGGCCCGACACUGUCAAGGAUCUCAGCAGUCAGAAGCCUGAGCCCCACUCACUUGGCUCAUGACCAUUUCAAGGAUGGCGGCCUGUUUGGGUACCCUCUACCUUCUCCGACCGGGGUGAGUCUGACCAGGGAGUAUUACCAGUUGAUGUCAAGCCACCAAGGCUCCUAUGGGGAGCUGCUCAUGCAGAGGGCGGGGUUAGCUGCAGGGGCCCACCUGUCAGACUACAUGGCCCCCCUUGAUGUGUCACGACUAACCUCCAGGCUGAGCAGGAAGAGGGCGCUGUCCGACGCCAGCGUGGACCUUCAGACAAUGAUCCGCACCUCACCGAGCUCACUCGUGGCAUACAUCAACAACUCCCGGUCCGGCUCGGUUGCCAGCAGCUCGUACGGGCACCUGUCAGUCGGAGGACUUAGCCCAUCCUUGGCUUUCCCUCAUCCUACCAACCCUGUGGCCUACCAGCAACUGCUGGCUUUGGGCCACACUCCGCCACUCAUCCAGCCACCAGCCGCCUACCCCAGCUGCCAGCCAGGCCUCAGCCUCGGCCUCUCCUUGCUGUCCGGCCCAGCCCACGGCACUGACCUGACGACCCAAAACCCAUGUGCUGAGUCACUCAUCAGCUGCACAGUUGAACCUAUCAUCACCAAGAGGUCAAAGGUUAAGCCCGAAUCCAAGGCACCAAGUUCAAUGAGCCAACAAGGCGACUCAUUGGAGCCAAAGGUGGACGUGGACAGUGACGAGUGCAAAACGCAGCCGGAGGCCACGUACGAGUCCAACUGCCACUGGGAGGGCUGCAGCACCGAGUAUGAAACACAAGACCAGCUUGUGCACCACAUCAAUAAUGACCACAUCCAUGGGGAAAAGAAAGAGUUUGUGUGUCGGUGGGACGAGUGUUCUCGGGACCAGAAGCCCUUCAAGGCUCAGUACAUGUUGGUGGUUCACAUGCGCCGACACACAGGAGAGAAACCGCACAAGUGCACGUUUGAGGGCUGCUCUAAGGCCUACUCCCGCCUAGAAAAUCUCAAAACGCAUCUGCGCUCUCACACCGGUGAGAAACCCUAUGUUUGCGAGCACGAGGGAUGCAACAAGGCUUUUUCCAAUGCCUCAGACCGAGCCAAGCACCAGAACCGGACCCACUCCAAUGAGAAACCAUACAUAUGCAAGAUCCCGGGCUGCACCAAGCGCUACACGGACCCCAGCUCACUGAGAAAACACGUGAAAACGGUCCACGGUCCAGAGGCCCAUGUCACCAAGAGGCAGCGCAGCGACCUAAUGCCCAGGCUCCCACCUAGGGACAACAGUGAGAACCAGGCCCUUAACAGAGAGACAAUUCAUGAGAAGAUUGCAGACAGCAGCUCCCCCACAGGUGUAGAGGGCUACAUGAGUGUCAAAUCCAUCAAGACAGAAAGUUCUGUGAUGCAGCAGCCCAGCACUGGCGGUGGGUCAUCAUGUAGCGGGGAACCAUCACCACUUGGCGGGGCCACCAACAAUGACAGUCGAGUAGAAAUGGCAGGGUUGAGUGGUGGAAGCCUGGGGUACCAGGACACUGUGGAGUCUUUGGGUAAUGACGAUUCCAGUGGCAGAGAUGCAGCAGAAGCUGGUUUCAGCAUCCAGAAGCAGGUCAGCUCUUAUCCACAUCUGGAGUAUCUCAAGAAGAAGAAGCUGAGGGACUUCUGUCAAUGGACUGCCAACCCAACACCUCCAGCUGCCACUGAUCCCAGCAGGUGUGUUCCUCUGGCAAAGUGUGGGAAGUGGUCCUGGGUCUCCUUGAAAGUCUCUCAGGGUGCCGUUAAAGCACUUCCAGCAUGUUGAGAUCACUUGACACCCUCAGCGUCUGCUCCUCAGGCAACUCUCCUCCUUGCUGCACCAAUCAAACUUCACACCGUGUCUCCUGCAAGCCCAUCUCAGUCGAUAUCUCACUGUGCUCCAGGCAGGCCAAUCCGUGUAGCCUGACACCGGCCCACACUACUAACUCUGCGCAAAGUAUGCUACAUUCUCAGUGGAGAGAACACUCUUCCUGAAGCAGACUGGGAAAAAUUUGACCCAUUUUACCCAAGGGUGCAUGUCAUCAGAUGGUAGCCUCCACCCCACACAGAUUAAGGACAUUUGAGCAGGUCCUCAGUCACUAUGACCAUGAGGGCAACCCAUAGCCACUGUGUAACAACACAGGAAGCAUUAGAGGCCGCUUGCUAAGUCGCGGACACAGAUGCAUCCACCACCUCAGUAUGCGCGAGUUAAACUUGAAGGAUGGAACUGUACAAUCUUCUCACUUAAUACUUUGCAGAAACCAAAUCAGCCCGUACCACCAAAAGAAUCUAAAGCAUCAGGCAGCCACCUUUCAAUUCUGCCAGGUUAUGUGAAAAAAAUGAAGUUGCAACAUCCCCAGUGAAAAUGCUUUGUACUACAGUGGCCAGAUCCAAAUAAUGGAAAAACAGCUUUCUCCUGGAAUUAAUGGAGCGCUGCAGUAGAUAAGGAGUGCGGGAGUGAGGAAAAGAUGGACACGAUUGACAGCAUACUGAAUGAUGAGAACCACUCUGGUCUGUCCAGGUCUGCUCUAGAAUUUGCUUACGUUGCCCUCGGUACCGCCAUGGAAGGGAAACACAGCUCUUUGUGGAGUCCUUUGUGAAGAAAUUCCUCAAGCUGAUGUGUUAACCUUGUGUCUUGGUGGCCAUUACAGUUGCUAAGUGAUGUGAAGAUCUUACUGUUGCUGCCUCUGCAAUCUGCUCUGUUUUUGUAUAAUUUAUUCUUUUUGACAAGCCAUAUUUGUAAGUAGCAUGUAAACAACAGAACUUUUUCAGUGGUCUUGCAAGUGCCUGACUUAUACACAGGUAAUCAUGUAAACAUGUCUUCUACUCUGGAAUGCACCUGAACUACCAAUCCGCCACCCCUCAUCAUCCUCUGUUUAUUUUCUGUUCCUUCGACCACAUGAAAACGAACAAUGAUCUGGCCUGAUCAUAUGCAAACAUCAUUUUUUAAUUUCUCAGAAAUACAACGGUAACAAGCACUGCUGGUGUCAUCUUUUAUGGCGAUGUUCUGACAACCAAAUACUAAGGCUGUAGCAAUACACUAAUUUCAUGAUAAGAGACACGAUAUUCAGUUGAUGAUAUGAUAUACAUCAUGAUAUUCGGCCAAUGGUACAAUUCGAUGCGAUUUGAUACACUUACAUCAUUUUCUGAAAGAUUCCAAAGGGACAGUAUGGUUUUGUUAGAUCUCGUGACUGUUCCAUUGACUUGUAUUGAUUUAAUUGAACUGCAAACUGAAAGCAUUGAUUACACAAUAUAUGGCUCUGACUAGACAGUCUACAGCUUGUAAAUGCUGGACAAAGUGAAUCCAAGAUGUGGUGAGAAAAUUGGUUUCCUUUAAUUGAAACAGUGCAAACUGUUAUUCGUGUUAUGUUUUUGUCAUAAAUUUGCUUUGUUUACACGUUGA